AUGGCUCACCCAACAGCUAGACCAGCGACACUCGCAGUCCAUGCGGAUGAUGUUGUCAAUAAUGUCACAGACGUUGCUCCUCCAAUCCACCUAUCCACGACAUUUCGGUACCAUGAAAAUCCAGAUAAAUUGACCACGGCUGCAGAACGCAAUUUUGACGAAGAGGACCCUACCACCGUUGAACCAAUCUACUCUCGUGUUGCGGCGCCGAACUCUGCGCGUUUCGAAGCCAUCCUUUCGUCCCUACUCCAAGGUCGCGCACUCGCAUAUGGUUCUGGACUGGCAGCUUUGAAUGGAGCAUUGGUGCUGCUUAACCCGAAAAACAUAUCCAUUGGAGACAACUACCAUGGCUGCCAUGGUGUUAUUGAGAUUUUCAAUAGACUCACUGGGUUGAAGAAACUAGGUCUGGACUGUCCUGCGGAGGAAUUGCAGGCCGGAGAUGUCAUCCUGCUCGAGACACCUCUGAACCCUGACGGAACAGCUUUCGAUAUUGAACACUAUGCGCAAAAGGCACACUCCCGUGGCGCAUUUCUCAUUGUAGAUAGUACAUUUGGUCCGCCUGGUCUGCAGGACCCGUUUGAGUUUGGUGCCGAUAUUGUCAUGCAUUCUGGGUCUAAAUAUUUCGGAGGACACAGUGAUCUCCUCUGCGGCGUACUGGCCACAAAGCGAAAGGAUUGGUUCGAGCAGCUAUUUGCUCAACGUCUUCAUCUUGGAAACAACAUGGGUAACUUGGAGAGCUGGCUCGGAGUACGCAGUUUGCGGACUCUUGAAUUGAGGGUUCAACGCGCAAGCCAGAAUGCGACAAGCCUUGUAUCGUUCCUUCACUCUGCAUUGACCCAGUCAAAUAUACCUGCAGGAAACGACGCAGAAGCUGUAUCGAAAGUUUUAGGUGAGAUCAGACACGCCAGCCUUCAAACAGAGCCUUGGGUCAAGAAACAAAUGCCCAAUGGGUACGGUCCAGUGUUUUCGAUUAUCAUGAAGGACGAAAAUUUGGCCCGAAGAUUGCCCAGCAAACUACAAUACUUCCACCACGCUACCAGUCUUGGAGGCGUUGAGAGUCUGAUUGAAUGGCGGGCCAUGUCGGAUACACGGGUUGAUCGACGAUUGUUGAGAGUCAGUAUUGGUAUCGAGCAUUGGGAGGACCUGCGUGAUGACUUUGUGUCAGCUUUUAAAGCUUUGAUAGCUUAG